GGGAGACUUGUAAACAAGUCUUCAAACUACUAAUUUAUAUACAACUAGCAAAUUACUUUUUCUCAAAUUCAUAUUCAGAUCUGUUUAUUGUUUUGGCUAUAGCUUUGUUUGAGCAUAGUCAGUCUGUUUGGUGACUCUGUAUAGCUGCGAAAAAAAUGGGAGAAAACAAUUUUUGGGAGAGAGAAAUAGUGAUUGCUGAGCUAACCAAGGGGAAGGAAUUGAUGUUGCAGCUGCAGAAGCACUUUGAUCCCAUGAAACAGUUAGUGUGCCAGUAUUUGGCUGUGGAAAUACUUUCUUCCUAUGAUAAAGCUAUGUCCCUCUUGAAUGGCACAGCUUUAUCAGGUAUGAUGAAGAGCAAAGGUAAAGAGAUUAUUCAUCCAGCACCGUCUUCAUCAACUGCGCCCCAGCUGGAAUCUCCUCAUCUUCUGGCUGACAGUAGCACAAAGAGUUGUGACCGUCCCUCUAACUACAGGAAGAGGAAGAUGCUGGCACGAAGGAAAGAGUAUGUAGAAGCUCGACCUGGAGAAGAGGUUCCACCUGAAGAUGGACUUAGUUGGCGGAAAUAUGGGCAGAAACUUAUCUUAGGUGAAAAAUAUCCCAGAGAAUAUUAUCGAUGUCCUCGUCGUUGUUGUGAGGCUACUAAGAUGGUCCAGCGAAUUGAGACAGAGCCAUUAACUUUUGAAGUUACCUAUGGAGGAAGUCACAGUUGUGGUCAAGAAACCAAAAACCAAAAUGAAGAACUAAUUGCUGUGCAGCAGACAAAAUGUGAUGAAGUUGGAAGAGGAGCAGGGCAAAUAUUUGAAUCCUAUAUUCAUAAGAUGGUUUCGACCCCAAAUAAUUCGUAUAACAAUUCCUCAACGGGGGUUGAGUUCUCAAACUCCAAUUCGGUAUUCAACAUCCCCAAUUCCGACUUCAUCCCCACACCGACUUCUUCACCUCAUCCAGACAUGGACUUUCCAUUUGACUAUAGUAGUUUCACUCACUUGUUUGGUCAAGAUGUGCCUGAUAAUUCUGGCAAUGAUUCUCUGGCUGCUCUGGCUGCUGAGGUCUAUAAACUCUAUGAGGAGAAUGGCAAACUCAAUUUUCCUCAUCGUUACGACAAACAGGCUGAGAAUUCCAGACCCUCGAACAAUGUUGGGGACCAAUCAUAACGUAACGUACCAAGUAUCUCUCUUUGCUGGAGCAGCACAAGCAUGUAAUGUAAUAUAAAGGAAGAAAUGGGCUCAACAUUUCUUCUUGUGUUCUACCCAUAGCUCUAUAUUGUCUGUCUCAAUUUAAUUGUCUUACUUUUCUCUUUGAUCUAUUCCAAAAAGAGUGUGUUCUAUAUUUAGAUAAAUUUUCAAUUUGAACAUUCUAUAUGAUAGGUUUAAGACCA